CUUGUUUACCUCGCCAUCCCAUACGUUAGAGCAGUUGGAUAUACCCGUCACAUCCAGGGCAAAUGCCACUCACUCCCGACUCCGAGCUUGAACUGCUCUUCCCUGCAGAACUCAUUCCGUUCCAGAUCAAGGAUGAGCUGCACGAGGACCUCCACAUCAGGCCACUUGCAUCUACGGACUACAAGCGUGGCCACUUAAAUGUACUCGCCGUGCUUUCCAUAGUGGUCGAUCCAGGCGAAGAAGCGUGGCUUGAACAAUUCUACGCACAGAAGGCGGCACCAGAUACUUACUACACUUUAGUCGUGCUUGACAAGGCAACGGAUCGCAUCGUUGGCGUUGGAUGCGUAUUCAUUGAGCGCAAGUUCCUCCGUGGACUCGGCAAGGUCGGCCACAUUGAGGAUAUAGCCGUCGAUGCAUCCGUUCAAGGGAAGAGGAUUGGGCUACGGAUAAUUGAUGCUCUCACGCGCAUCAGUGAGGGUGUAGGGUGUUACAAGACGAUCCUGAAUUGCAGUGACAAGAACAUGCCUUUCUACGUCAAAUGUGGGUACGAGAAAAAGGAGAAUGAGAUGGCCAAGUACGCAACUGCUAGCAUCGCCCCUACGCCAUGCCCGUCGCCCAUCCCUAGGCUUUAGGCGUGGACGAUACCCAUUAAUGUAUUCCUGCUCUCCCGUGCUUGGAACUUUCUCUACUCGGACAUCACACCGCCUAUUCUCCGCAUAGACACAUACAAUUACCCUACUUAUACAAAUGGACAGUCAACGACCGCAUUCCUAUUCUCCCUUGCCUUUGGACUGC